GUUUCGCCUUCCGCCCAUGGGAUGUCUGUAGGAGUCCACGGAUCUUUCUUCUACCCGGGUUACUGUUUCUUGCCAACCACGGAAGCCCUGGACCGCAAGUUCUUCCAUGGAUCAGCUGUCGUUCACAGUGCUUACGCACUGGCUCUAUAGUUGGCUGGCCAUUACUAUUAUGGUCGUUCGUCUGGUUUCGAAGAAGAUCAACAAGGAAGUGUACAAUUCGGGUGACUACUUUACCAUGGGGGCAAUGCUUUGCUGCACUGCUCGCGUCGCUACGAUCCAUGUUGUUCUCAUAUGGGGGACAAACAACAUGGAUGCUAAAACGCGAGCGUCCUUGGACUUCACCAACAAAGAAAUCUACCGACGGACCAUUGGUAGCCAACUCACUCUAGCCAGUAGAGUGAUCUACAUCUCGUAUCUAUGGUUGCAAAAGCUUGUCCUGCUCGAUGUCUUCCGUCGUCUACUCUUCAAGCUGAGAUGGGAGAAGAUGGCUCUCUGGAGCUACAGGGGCGUCUUUCUGGUCAGCUUCAUCGCGACUCAAAUCUCGACUUUUUCAGAAUGCAAUCCGUUCCAUUUAUACUGGCAGGUUACUCCAGAUCCAGGUACAUGCGUCCGCGCUCAGUUUCAGUUGAUCCUCGUCGCAUCCCUCAACAUCAUCACCGAUGUGAUGCUUGUUGUCAUUCCGAUCCCACUACUCAUCAGUCUUCAAACUCCGUUCUUGCGCAAGUUGCAAGUUUUUGUAUUGUUGACUUUGGGACUUCUCAUCAUCGCCAUCACCAUCACACGACUGCCAAUCAACCACAGUCACGCCACUUCCCAGGCCAAUCGCUCAGCAUGGGUAUCCGGAGAGCUCCUCAUCGCAUCAUUCGUCGUCAACAUGCCGACAAUAUACGGCCAGUGGAACUUGUGGCGGAGAGGCCGGCCAUCACAUGGCAGCAGCAAUGCCGCACGACCCUACUCUGGAUUAUCAAAUGGACCAGUGCUCAGUCGAGGGAAGAGCCGAGACCAUGGGAAGAGUGAUGAUUUUGAGAUGGCUAGUGGCAACACGAGAUCCAAAGAUCUGGACACUGGGCUAUCGUCUUCUACCCAUACUACCAAAAGUCAGAUAGGCAUCUCGCUUUGUUUGGCUGCCACUUUGGACACAAGCUCUGGAAAAUCGUGUCCCGAGACGGAGGAUCCGAACGAAGAUCGAAUGUGUAGCUCGGCAAAAGAAGAUGAACAAUCUAGCGUAGUGUCUAUUCUAGAGGACAAAUCAUGAAAGG